AUAAAUGGAUUUCAGUUCUAGUUAUGUACAUAAACAAGUCUAUGAUUCCGACCACCGUUCCAUCAUGAACCACCAUAACUCGACCUACCAGCCACCUGCUUUUCCGGCAGCAACCGCCACCGGAUUCCCGUUGCUAGCCAUUGUGAUAGCCUGUAUCACGGCCAUUACGUUUCUGCUCGUUAGCUACUUCUUGAUCACCAAGUGUUGCUACCCUUUAAGCCGCUUCUUGAUGGCAUGGACGAUCACCGCCGAAGAACCACCGUCGGUCUACUCGACUCCGGCAUGGCAAAUCACUGGACUCGAUGAAUCGUUAAUUCGAGAGAUACCCGUUUGUCGAUAUAGCGAAAGAGACGGUGAGAACCGAAGAUUGUAUAAAUGUGUUGUUUGUUUGAAUGAGUUUCAAGAUUUAGACACAUUACGAGUUCUUCCGAGUUGCAACCACGGCUUCCAUUUGCACUGCAUCGACGUUUGGCUUCGGAACAAUCCCAACUGCCCGAUUUGCCGAUUCAACAUCUCGGGUAUGAUGCAGUAUCCGACGGACACGAUCGUGCCGACUUCUUCACCUCAAGAUCCUCCGUUGUUCGCCCAUGAUAGCCCUACAAGCAGCGAUCAAGAUUUUGUUACGAUUGAAUUGGGGGAAGCAGCAAAUGGAUCGAGAAAGUCUCGUCUUGAUUUGGUAACGGGAGAUGAAAGAAUUACCGGGACGAAAGAUGAACAGGUUGCGAUCCAACCGAUUCGAAGAUCUUUCUCGAUGGAUUCUGCUGUUGAUCGUGACAUUUUCUUAUCGGUUCAAGAUAUCAUAAGAAACCACGAAGAGGCCACCAGGACGAAGAGACCUUUCUUCUCGUUUGGACACACACGAGGGUCUCGAAGCGCUAUUCUUCCUCUCGAGUUCUAAUUACUCGAUCGGUUAAUCUUCGUGGUUUCGAUAUUUAUUUUCGAUUCUUUUUCAGGUGUCACAAAAUAUCACAACCUCG